UGGAUUCUACACAGACAUGAAUCAGCCUCCUCCAAUGCAGGGACCACAUAUGUCUCAUCAGCAAGGUCCACAGAUGUCAGGACCAAACCAACAGGGUCCACCCAUGCAUGGUCCCCACCAGCAAGGACCUCCAAUGUCCGGGCCUCAUCAGCAAGGACCCCCAGGUCCUCAUCAGCAGGUACCUCCAAUGCCAGGGCCUCGUCAACAGGGCCCACCUAUGCCUGGACCUCAUCCACAUGGGCCCCCAAUGUCUGGCCCUCUCAUGCAGGGGCCUCCUAUGCCUUCCAUGCAGGGCCCACCAAUGCCUAGACCUCAUAUGCAGGGUCCUCCAAUGCAGAACCCACCUGUUUCUUCUGCUACUAUGAACCCAGCAGUAGCUCUUGUUGGUGCCCUUUUACGACAGGCUGCUCCUCAGGUCCUCCAACAAAACAGAGGACCACCUGGACCACAAAAUAUGAGACCUCCUGGACCCCAGAACAUGGGAACCCCUGGACUACAAAACAUGGCAACACCUGGACCAUUGCAAAACAUGUCUUCGCAACCGCAAGGCACUAACCAGACCGGACCCUUCAACCCCCAACAAGGAAUCCAUGGCCCUUCUGGUGAGAAAGUCAUGAGCCCCCCUCAUGAGCCCAGUCCCGCCCCUGCCAGUCAGCAAAUUGAUGACAAGAGUGGAGAGGAUAUCACUAGCACCAUAGCCGACGCGAAAGUUGAGGAUAGUGGCCGCAAUAUGAACGACUUGGUGAAAACAGAACAAUCGGAAACUGAGCCUGAUAAAGCGGGGUCAGAGAUGACAGCUGCUGAAGAGGAAACUAACGAGAGAAAGUUAUCUACCCUUGGACUCAACCUUGACACAUUGACUCACCUUCCUGCUAAACAGCGUGAGCUCUUCCUCCGUAUACAGAACCAGCAGGGAGAUGGAGCGAAAGACACACAGACAGAAAAUGAGGACAAAAUUGAUAAGAUUCCAGAUGAGAAAAUGGAUGAUGACAACUGGUACUCAAGUGAUGAAGAAGAUGUGCUAGCUUCCAAACCUAAACUUACAGACAUCCUCAAAAACCUGUCGCAAAAACCAACACCAGAGAGUCCUCAAACACCUGUUCCUUCUAACUUAUCGCAGUCAUCUACACUUGACAUCAUGCAAAUGAUUAACAGUAUUCGUACGCAGGCUAGCAUCACAACUGUUGGCACUCCUGAUAUACCAACCAACAGUAACCCUCCAACUUUUCCUAAGGAUUCAUCAAUGCCUGCUCAGGCCACAAACAGCAGUCCUAAAUCCAUCCCUGAUCCUGUCAUCAUCAACUCUACUGAGGGCGACAUUCCAUAUAAACUCCGACCAAUUACGGUGGACAAGUCACAACAGAACAAACCCCCUCAAGGAAUGGAUGUGCAUAACGCACAGUUUAAAAAUGAUCCUCGUAUUAAAAAAUUCUAUCUUUAUUUGGAAUCACUGCCUCAGAAAGCUGCCAAACCUGUGAAGCCUGUUGGCUCUAGACCCCAACUAGGGCCAGAUCCUUUAGAAGGCACUCCGAAGCUUGACCCUCGCACAGUGCAACCUAGUGACCGACGCAUGGAUCCAAGGGUAAAACCUCGUGUAGAUACUGCAGAAGGGCCCCGUUCAAUAGACCCUCGCUUCCAGGGAUCAGAACGUGGGCAAUUACUUAAUAUUGGCAUGAACAAACGCCAAGACAUUCAGAAGCCAUUGGACCCAAGGAUGGCAAGACAAAUAAGUCGGGAUGGUAACCCUCCAGAUCCAAGGCUAGGUCGCCAGAUGACUGGACAAACAUUUGCAAGCUCCAAUGGCAUGAUGCCUGACACCAUGUCAAGAUCAGUUGAUGCUCGUUUGACUUCACAAGAUCCUAGAAAGCCUCCACAAGAUCCGCGAAUGGGUCCUCAAGAUCCGCGAAUGGGUCCUCAAGAUCCUAGAAUGUGUCCACCAGAUCCUAGAAUGGGCCUGCAAGACCCUAGAAUGGGUCCACAAGACCCUAGGAUGGGUCAGUCAGAUCCUAGAAUGGGUCAAGAUCCUAGAAUGGGUCCACAGGACCCCAGAAUGGGUCCUCAGGGUCCUAAAAUGGGUCCACAAGAUCCUAGAAUGGGUUCACAAGAUCCACGUAUGGGACCACAAGAUCCUAGAAUGGGUCCACAGGGUCCAAAAAUGGGUCCACAAGACCCUAGAAUGGGUUCACAAGACCCACGUAUGGGUCCACAAGACCCUAGAAUGGGUUCACAAGAUCCACGUAUGGGUCCACAAGACCCUAGAAUGGGUUCACAAGAUCCACGUUUGGGUCCACAAGACCCUAGAAUGGGACUUAAAGAUCCAAGAACAAAUUCUGAUCCCAGGAAAGUUUUACAAGAUGUGCAUUCUGUUGCUGAUAUGGAACAUCAACGGCUUACUGAUCCACGUUCCUUGCAGAGACAAGGGUCGGUUGGGGCUGACCCUAGGAAACUUGUGACUCUCGACCCCAGGCGUCCUCUACUAGGGGAUAGUACUGGGCAGACUAGUAGUGACACUGAAAACAAGAAAACAGAAGAAUUAGAUACAAAGCCAAAGCUUGAUUAUAGAAAUGACCCACGAUUUAAACGGAAACCCGCUAGUGAAUCGGUGGCUCAUAAGAGAUACACAGGGCAGCGAAAGAGUAGCAUGGACUACAGUUCUCCCCUGGGGCUCGACAGUGAGGAUAAGGGGGAAUCUGGUUACAAUAGCUAUCAGCGACCCCCACCUACGGACAGUGCUAAACACAAAACUGACAAUCGCCUAAUUGUUAAAGGCAAACUUGAUCCUAGGACUAUAAAUACUGAAGGUGGUUCUUCUCCUAAUGUUGAUUCCAGCCCCCUACCCCCUCAACCCCCUGACAAGGAAAUUGGCUUACCCACUACCAUAGAGCUUCCCCCUUUUGUCACACCUAAUGCAUUAGAACCCCAAAUGAAGGAUUUCUUUAAGACAAUGGACCCGACGGCCUCGCCGUUCUGCUGACUAAGGCUUUUGGCCUUGCAAUGAUCAAAUGUGUUCUUUACCUGCUCACCACAUUCACAAGGUACACAACUGGAGAUGUGCAGCAGAUUUCUUCUAGCAAGGCUGUUAAUGUGUUAUGUUUAAUAGGUGCAAUCAGGAAAUUAGUUACUUUCAUCGAAUCCGGUCAAGGAUUGUCUUGGUUUGAGUAGGCAUUGGUUUAUGAACUGGAAAUUUGUUUUCUUGGCAGCUUGUUCACCUUUCCAUAGCAGUACUUUAUCAAACCAUAUAUAAAUGAGGUGGGUGGUUAACUGUGAAAAGCACAAAUUUUGGAAAUGUUCUUUUGUCUGCACUGUAGGACUGAAAGUGAAGCGCUAAUUCAAAGUCUAUCAUUGUUGUAGGAAUUUAAAUUGAGGAAUUUGUUUAAUACUGUUGUCCUUGUUAAUGAGUGAACAAUGUCCAUAUUUUAUCGGUGUUAUUCCUAGUGUCUUGUGUUGCUUGUUGGGUGUGUUGCCCCUCUGAACAGCCAAUGUCAUUUUGAGGCAGGGACUCCUUGUAUCAGCAGGUGGCUACUUAACUGAACACCAUAAGGGAGACCCAUCACAUGCUAUCCAGAGUAAUUAGGGUAAAGUGUCUUGCCUGUUUCUCAGCUUCUCGCAUAAAACAAGCUGUCAUUGGCAUGAGUGUCGAACCACGAACAUCAGGUCUUCACCUGAGGUUACCUGGGCCAACACUCUAAACCAAGAUAUUGCAGACCUGACAGUGUUUCUCUACUAGAUACUAUAACCAGCCUGUUGAACUAGGCAUGGCUCAUUGUGUGAUCAUUUGAUAUGUUGGGGAUGGGGGAUUAAAGAUAGAUUUUCCUGUCAAUUUUAGCAUCACUAUCAGUUCACUGUAAAAUUGGGGGAACAUUAGGAAAACACAGAAUGGUAGGACAUCUUCAGUUAGUCAGGAGUUUAUUGGGAAGGAAAUUAGGUAAUAAUGAAGGCCGGUAGAAAAUAUUGAAAAUAGUUGAGGGAAACCCCUCUGGAAAAUGAGUUGGGGAAUCCCCUGGGAAAAUUAUGGAAGAAAUCCCCAAGAUGUUGAACAUACACAUAACAUUUUAUUUGAUUAAAAUAAUGAAUAUAAUGUUUUAUAUGGUACCAGCAAUGACAUUCAUUAUAAUGAGUAUGUGUAUGUUUUGUAUGUCAUCAGACAGGUGAUCAGUUCUCACAAAGCCUUUGGUGUCAAAUUCCAUGAUCUGUCCUGUGUAAGAUAUUCUCUUUGUUGAGAAUUGUCGGUCACUGAUCAGAGGAAAAUGACUGGUGCAUAUGUCAGCGACCAUCACUCACAACACUUCACAGGUUUACAUGCAUAAUAAUAAAUUUUUUCCAACGCAGAAAAAUGUUUUGAAAUGUGUGGUCUGUAUGUGUAUAUUUCACACAUAUUUAUACAUGUACUUUAGAUGUGCAUUCCACAUGUACAGAAAAGGAGGGGGCUUCAUAUUUCUAGUCUUGUAAAAUGGAUUUUUAUCUUCAUAUAUUUCUUGUUUUCAUCUCUUUAUUUUUAAGUUUUCUAUCAACUUUUAUAACAAAAAUCUGGAUUUUUAUUUGAAAAUUGAUAAAUCAGAAGAAAGGUUUUGAAAUAUACCAUUAGUCACUCUGUGCUCGAUCUUUUAUAGCUUACCUCAAGAAAUGUUGAGGGAAAACCGCCUCUCUACCAUUGCCCGGUACAGAAAUAAGGUUGUAUUGUUAAUAUUACUUAGGUCAACUUAAGGACUCCUGUAUGUAACAAUGUUAAUUCCUAGUCUGUCCCACAAACACUGGAUCAUAUGUUAUGUUGGAUUGACCAAGUAUUUUUAGCUGUGGUUAAGCAGAAUUCUUCAGGUCAUAAUUCUCACAUAUUUCACUUUUAAUAGUUAUGCAUUCUUAGGAUACUUAUUACUCCAACUGACCUUGGGGAAGGUUAAUGAGGUUAGCUUUGUGUUCUUAUAUAGCUAAUUUUUCAUCAGGUGUUAAAGUAAUAACAUCUUUGAGUUGACUGUCCAGGUUUGAGAUAUUAGAAUGCCUUUCAGCUAGAUCAUGUUUCAAAUUACAAAUGUAUUGAUGUAUUGUUAGUAAGGCAGUUGUUAAAAGUAGGGACCAGGUCAUGUGUUGGAUGUCGGAAAUAUCAACAAAUUUGUGUCAUUAUUUUUUAAGAACAUUUUCUGUUAUCUCAGUGGUUUUUUAACAAUUGUUACAAUUUCUUUGUUAAAACCAAAAUUAUCAAAAUUCUGUGUGGCUCAAUUAUCAUGAUUUCUAUGAAGAUGUUGCUAUUUCUUUGACAGUAAAUUCUGUUGAGAAAUGUAGCUCAAUAGAUCCGGUUUAUUUAGCUACCUAGUGGGUGCAUAUAUGAAUUCCCCUAUUUUAAUCCCUCAUGAAAUUUAAUGGUUUUCAAGUACUUCAAUUUGAUCAUGAAAUUAUCAAACUGUUUCCAUUUUAUUGGUGAUGCAUGAUAAUUUCUUAUGCUUUAAAAUCCAUUACAUUUGUGAAUGUUGAACAAACUAUUGACUAAAAAUUUGUUAUUGCUUUGUAAAAGCUGAAAAUUGUCAUUUUUAUACACCCAUCGAUAGACGGGACUUAUUAUGUUUUCACGGGGGCAGGUGGCCACACCUAGGUUUCCGUUCGAUAACUUGAAUAACAUUUUACAGAUUAAUUGGAAACUUCACAUGAAUGUUAUUACCAUAAAAGCCAGGUCAAGUUUGAUAAGCAAAAAUUAUCGCCCAUGAUUACAGUUAUGGCCCUUGGUGCAUUUGCAAAAUAGGUUUCCCCACAAUAACUCAAUAACUAGGUUUAUUACAAAAAAAGUUUCUGCCUGAAAUUCAUCCAGUUAUGGUUGCUCAACUUAGGACGGGUGUAUUUUUUAAGCUUGUUAUACAUAGUUUUAAGAAUAUUUGUAAUGGUCAGUUUCAUAAGGAAAUGUAGAACAGUUUGUUUAAAUUGAUUACCAUGACCUCCCUAAAUGUGAACUGUAAAAUACCACUUCUUAGUAUACAAGAUGUAGAAGAAUAAUUAGCUGAUAACUUGCUGGCACCAAGUACUCUGAAAUGUGUUCAAUUAAUGGCACUGAAUUCCAUGUGUUAGGGCCAAAAAAAGUGUCAUUAAACAAUUUGUAUUUUUCAUUGUGUCAAUAUCAACAGCCCGGAGCAACAAUAGUUUCCUAAAGCAUGUUUAAGUCAGAUAUCUGAGAAAUGGUAUGUCUUAAUUGUGUUCAUGUUUUUAAGAAAAUUCUGGUACAAACACUGUGUGAUAACAGCGACAAUUAGGUCACAUCAAGGUAGAGUGUAUCAUCAGAUUAUUUAUGGACUAAUAUGAAAUUUGAAUCUUGUGCCAGGUUCCUAUCCUUAUUUACUAUUGUUGGCACAUGGAACUAUGAGAGCAAUUACUUUACAAUGUAAUGAAGGUUGUGAUUGGAGAGUGUGCACAUGAGCUUGAGUGUGUGUGUAAGGAUGUUCAGAACAGCAGGUAUGAAAGUUUGAAUAUUUGUGUAAGAUUUAUGACUGAAAGUGCUGUUUCAAUAAAAGUAGCCCACCA